ACAACUCCUCCUUGUUUGUUUUGGUUUAUUCCUGUCUGUGGUUUGCAAGAUUGAACAGAAAUAGUGAACUUGCAGUUCAAUACAGCUAGCUAGCUAGCUAGAGAUAAUCUUGUUGGAGGUCCCAGAAACAAGUAGACAUGGCAGAUGACGAGUUUUCUUGUGUCAACUUUUCGCCCCAGAAAUGGCGCAAGGACAUGUGCCGAAAUUGCUACCAACCUCUGAAAGUCCAUCGCAAUGUAAAGGAGGACCCAGGAAAACCAUCCCCUCCCAAGCCGUCCCCUCCCAAACCGUCCCCUCCCAAACAGCCCUCUCCCUCUGUCAGCCCUCGGCCAGUCACCCGCACUCCAUCUGGUGGGAAGUCACAACCUAAGGUCUUCCAACGCUUUCAAGUGGAGAAAAAACCAAUCAUCGAUAAAACUGUACCGGCCAAAGAACGAACAGCAGCUCCUAAACUAGAGGGCAUUCAGCCAGGCAUUGUGAAGAAAGUACACGCGAUUGCCCCCACACUGAAGACUCGUGAUCCUCCGUCCCUCCCCACAGGAGCUACGUCUACUCCACAGGCACCAACGGCAACACCACCCACUCCACAAGCAUCAAAGGCCACACCGCCCACUCCACCGCAGAUGUCUCCAAAACCUGUGCUGAAGUCUAAACCAUCGCCACCGAUUCCACGACGACCAGUUGGAUACGAUAUACCAGCUCGGCCCAAACCUCCACCACAGCCAAAGAAGGAGAAGCCAAAAACGCCUCCUAGUACAUCACCAGAGCUUGUGUCCAAACAAACUAGUCGGCAAGAGCCAAGUACGGAGAAGCCUGUCGAUAAGAAAAUCGAGGUCAAUGUACCACAAGAUGAAGCAAAAGAACUUGUCCAGGAGCCACCAAAGCAAGAACUGCCCUCUGAGGAUAUUGAGAGCUUGAUGAAAGUGGAACCGUCCGAAAUAGAAGAGGAAAUAGAAAAAGACAUACCUUUAGUUGAACCUACCCCAUCAUCUGAGCCAGCUAUGGCUGAGCAAAUAUCUCCAGAAACUUCCGAGGAAGUCUCACCACCAGUGAUAGAAGACGAGGUAGCUACACCAGACGAAACUAAACCAGUGGACAGUUCUCCACAAGUUGCUGACAGUGAGAUAAAAGUAUCAUCUCAAGAACUGAUUGACGAAGCGAAUUCUCUGCAGGAGCCAGUAUCACCUGAGCCAGCUAUGGCUGAGCAAAGCAUUGAACUACCUCCAGAAAGUGUUGAGGAAAUCUCACCACCAGUGAUAGAAGAAGCUACACCAAUCGAGACUGAGACAGUGGACAGCUCUCCACAAAUUGCUGAAAGUGAAACCAAAGACUCAUCUCAAGAAAUGAUUGACGAAGUUAAUUCUCUACAGGAGCCAGUAUCAACUGAGCCUGUACUGGAGGAGCAGGUAGCAGACCAAGAUAUCGAUAUUCCUCAACAAAACCAGCCAACUUCCACUAGUGAGACAGCUACGCAAGAAGAGCCACAAACUGAUACCCCAAUAGAGGACGAUUUUGUUAUUGUAGAGAAAGGUGAAGUACCAGAGCAUGAUGACAUAGUACUCCCAGAGGUGGCAGAGGCGGUUGUGUGUACGCCUACGCUUGUGGAGAGCUCAGAACCAGACCAACCACCAGAGGACGAAAAUGAUGACCCACCUGCCGAAAAUGAAGCUGAAAAUAUCCCAACAGAAGACGGUGUGGAGGAUGAGAGUCCUCUUAUGGAGGAAGCCUCUAUUGCUGAAGGUGGCACUGAAGACAUUUCUAACACCACUGAAACUACUGAAGAAGUAAAAACAGAAGAUACAGAGGAAGGCAAGGCUGAGUCUCCCGAUUGUUUGGAUGGAGCUGGUCUUAGUCGGUCAAAGAAAGCAGAACCAGAGCCUGAUCAAGAGGACGAUGAUGUCAGAUCCAAAGAACCAGCACCAGUAGCAGCUGAAGAUGUGGUACCUCCUCCCCCACCUCCUCCGCCCCCUCCACCCCCUCCACCAUCCUCACAACCCGUAGGACCGGCGGCACCCUCAGCGUACAGCCAAACCAUGCAGUCCAUUCUAAGCGGAGGAGUCAGCCUCAAGUCUGUAUCACCCCCCAAAGAGGGGGGUAACGACACGCAGUCAGCAUUGCUGCAGGCUAUUCGAGGUGGAGUGAGUCUCAAGUCUGUAUCACCCCCCGAAGAGAGGAGUGUAGGCGGUAAUGACAUGCAGUCAGCAUUGCUGCAGGCUAUUCGAGGUGGAGUGAGUCUCAAGUCUGUAUCACCCCCCGAAGAGAGGAGUGUAGGCGGUAAUGACAUGCAGUCAGUAUUGUUGCAGGCUAUUCGAGGUGGAGUGAGUCUCAAAUCCGUACCCCCACCCCAACAGAGGUCAGCUGGCGAGGAGAAGGUGGUGGACGUGGCCUCAGAGCUACGUAUGAAAGUGCUCAAACGUAGGAAACAAGAGGCACAGAGUAUAUCGUCUGGUGUUGAUGAGCAUCGUGACGAGGUGAUCAAGAUGGGCAACCUACUGCAGCAGGUGUCGGGCACUCACUCAUUCAUCCACCAGCUCAAGUCUCUACUGCACCAGGUGGACGCUCUCAUCAACAAAGUCAAGAUACCUCCAGAGAUGCUGACUCAGCGACUGCAAUGGCCUGAUAGCUUGGUGGAUGACUUGAGGGAGGUGUUGGAUCAUAUGAAGGACUUGGAGCUCAAAGUACUCGCAUGUGAGAACCUGUGCAAGCAGACAAUGCUGGGGGGUGCUGCUGGGGGAAACCCCUCAGGAAGCCCCGCCCCCUCGUGGCGUGUGAACCCUGAAGCCGUAGAUAGGUGUGUGCAAGAUGUUGUGAGGUUGGCCAGGAACCUGUCCACUGAUGAAUCAAGAUACUUCAGAGCUUCAACAUCGUUCCCUAUUGAUGCGACUGACAUCCAAGGCCUCCUGAUGAGAGCAGGUGAUGCAGUGUCACCACUGGUGGACAAGCUGUACGAGAAAGCAUUCACUGCAUACGCCUCUGUGUUUGACGCCACUGCAACCAAGUAUGAUCAGUCAUUCAGACUACAGAAUGCCCAGAGGCUAUUGAGAAUGUGUUGCCAGAUAUCGGACAAACUAGCCCUCCACCUGCAAGUGGGCAGACACAGUCUCUACUCUGAUGCUCAACUCAAGUGUCAGGAGUUGUCCAACGACUUCGUGGGAACCCUCAAAGUCACCGAUAGACAGGGUGAAUGGGACACAGAGGAGCAACUUGUACUGGGGAGGAAGGUGCCUCCAAAACCAGCAGAUAAGCCUGAGUCCAGUGAGGUGGUGAAGAGGAUGAUAGUGUCUCUCUCUGGUGAUGGCUCCCUCCCUCCGAACACUCUGGAGCAACUCACACCAGAACUACUCACUAGGAUAGAGCCAAGUCUCAUCACUGCUGCCAUAGCAACACGCAAGACACAGGUAAUCGAAGGCUGUGUGAAGCUAAGGAACAAUGUGUUUGCUGGUGAUGAAGCUGCUCUCCAUAAGAAUGACUUCCUCUGGUUGCUACAGACCAUUACCAAGGGCAAUCACGAGUGUCUGACUCAUCUGGUCCAGUCUUGUGCUGUCCCCGUCAACUGUAGGAGCACAGAGAAUGGAACCACUGUCCUCCAUCGAGCUGCUCAGAGACAAGACCUGGCGACAGUGGCGUGUCUAAUCAGACUAGGGGCUGACCCUCUACUCAAGAACACCUUCAACUCGAGCACCACUGACAUGCUUGCUCUCAAACACUUUCCUCCAAAAAACUUCACCACAAAACUGGAGGAGAAAGAGCCACUGUUUGACCUGGCGUCGUACAUCAAUAGUCCGAGUCUGAGUGACGUGGAACUGAUAUCAGAGGACGGGUCCCGAUUCCAUGCACACAGACUGGUUCUCUGUGCCCAAAGCCCCGUGUUCAAGUCCAUGCUAGACUCUGAACUAUGGGUGGAAUCUAGAAACAAGGAGAUUCCACUACCUACACUGACUGGUAAGGUGGUGCAAGUGCUCCUCCAGUACCUGUACACUGGUCGCUGUCUCUUCCCUCGGGAUGACCUCAACCUCGGCAUAGAGCUCAUGGCAGCAGCCGACCAGUUCCUCCUAGAACCAAUGAAGGCUCAGUGCGAACGCCUGCUCUCUGACAAGAUAGACCAAGAGGUGGCAGUGCCGCUGUACUAUGCAGCGUUCAGAUUCUCCACACCCAUUCUCCUGGCCAACACCUGUAACUACGUCCUCAGUCACUAUGGCAACAUCAACGAUCCAAAGCACGAGGCCCUGCUCCAUAUUCUGGACAAAACACCUCAGAAGUGAACAAUCGUAUAUAUAGGAGGUUUAUCCAAUCAGAGCAGAAACAAUCAAUUUAUCGUUUUAUCAUAAUUAUUCUAGCAAUUUAUUAACACGUACGUAGUAUUUCUAUAUUAUGCUUGCCAAUUAGAGCUGUUGAAUUACAUGC